CAAGAUCAAUCAUCUCCUCCACCGGUUCAUCCUAUGCCUACCACUUUGGAGCCAUCUUAUGCGGUUCGGGGAUCAUGUGAAAUAUGCGGUGGAGAACAUGCGACCAAGGCUUGUUAUUUGCUUCAAACUACUCAACAAUCACAUUCGACAAGCACUAUGGAGCAUGUGGAUGCUUACACCUAUGGGCGUCCGCAAGGUCCUUCUCAAGGAAACUUUAAUACCCAAGGAAGAGUACAUCCCGGGUUCUCUUGGAGUAAUCCCCAAGGAUCGGCGAAUCCUACUCAUGCACCCAAGCCCACUCCUCCCGGAUUUUCUAAUCAAAAUUAUCAACAAUCAAAAGGGGGAUAUCAAAAUACUCAAUGGAGAAACUCACCCACUCAAGCUUAUCAACCUCUUGUUCCUCCACCCUCUUCCCAAUUAUUCCAAACACCUACCCCUCAACCCAUUCCCAAUGAGAUGUUGCAAUUCAUGCAACAAGUCACACAUUCUCUCAACACCUUGAAUACCACUUGGAAUACAAAGUUUGACCAACUUACCGCGCACAACAAGAUGUUGGAGAACCAAAUUGCCUCUCAAGCUUCUACCUCUCAAUCAAAAGCCACGGGGAAGUUGCCUGCCCAUUCGGAAAAUCCGAAGGAUCAUGUCAAUGCCAUUAUUACAAGGAGUGGGAAGCAAACAAAAGACCCCCAACCGGCCUCUUAUCCCGAUGCAUCUAAAGAGGAUGACAUUCUUGAAGAGGUAGAGGAGAUUCCAAGAGAAGCAACAAGGAAGGAUCCUAAAUCAAAGAAGGGCCUUCAACAAUUUACCCCACCACUACCUUUUCCUCAAAGGGUGCGGAAGUCUAAUGAAGAGAAUGAGGUUGAAGAGUGCGAAGCUAUCUCACCACAAGAGGUCCUUAGUGUCACCUGGAACGAUCUGAAUCGCAGCAAAGAUCCGGAAAUUGAAGAUAUGGUAAAAAUGUGAAUUCCAAUCGUAUAAUCGUCCAAUUUAGGCACGAUUCGAUCUUUGAAGAUGCGAUGCGGGUCGGGCGAGGAAGUGAAUUUGCUUGCUUUUCGUCGGCUUAAUUAAGAGAUUGAUGAGUAAUUGCCGGCUACUCGCGGGUUACGACUUACGACCCAUUAAAAAGUAAAAGGAACAAGACUUUGUGGGUUGGGUCGGGUAGUUCAUACGCCUAAAUUUAUUUUAGAAAACCUAAAUGGGUAGUGGGGGUACUGUAUACUGGGAACUUUUCUAAAAAUUACGGAGUAAAAGAAACAAGACUUUGUGGGUAUUGUAUCUGCCCUUAAUUCAUUUAUGGAGAUGGAGUAGUGGGGGUACUGUACUGGGAACUAUUCUGAAUAUUGCAAUUUCUAAUUACUCGUACUAUUCUAUACCUAAAGGGGAAGUUGAAUGUUGAGAAGCAGAUAUUUUUGGCCUGGUUCUAUGCUUUGAGGAUCAUUUUUGGGAUAAGAUUUUGUGUGAUGUGCUUACUUUGGACUCACUUGAUUUUCAUGGAUCAUGACAACACACAUUGUCCCACUUCUCUCACAAGCUUACUGAGUUUGCUUUUCUCUUCCCUUUUGCUUCAUGCUUGGUUUAUGUGGGGAUGCCCUGACGUUUAAUUGCAUAUGUGACAAUGUGUCAACUUAAGUGUGGGGGGAGUAAUCAGAACUUUGGCAUUUGAGCUUGUGUGGAAUUUGUUGUUAACUUGUGUCAUGUGGUGAUACUCGUAUAUGUUGGUGAAUGUUUGCUUAGACUUGUGCAAGAGAGUUUCUUUAAUGUUUCUUUGUGUUUUGAAAUCUUUUGAGAAUCACCGUUUUGACCCAUGAGUGUUAGAGCUACAUUGCGCACACACCCACACCUUGAGGCACAAAGUGAUUGAGGCACAAAUACAAUUCCACUCCAUUCCCCAUUUCCCCCAUGACCUUCACUUAGCCAUAUUACCCAUUUUCUUACCCGGAAAGAAUUCUUUGUGUUGAUUUUGCUUAAUGGAGAGCUCUUGGUUGGGAAUAUUUUUAUUGAUGCUUGUUGAUUGGUUAUUUGCUUUAGUUGAGCCUUGAUAGGCGUAUGAUUGCAAAGGGAUGAUCUUGGCUUUGUCUCAUGUGCUACCUUAUCAUGCACACAUUUCCAUGGCGGGGGACUAGUAUCGCACCAUUAAACAACACCGGUGGAUAUGCAAUCUCAUGUGUGUAUGCUUUGGUAGCAUCAACUCUUGUAUUGCUAUGCACAUUUACCCUUUUCGGGAUUUGUAAAUAAAAAGAUGAAAUGAAUAAGUGCGCAAUUGAGUAAUGAGACAUACGUGCUUUUGCUUGCAUUUUUAGAGUAUACCUCAACGGAGGGUCAGGCUCCGGAAUGUACCUUGUUUCGCCCAAAACGCAUGACCACUAGAUGAUUCUCUCCUAAGGUGGAUUCCUUGAAGCUUGUAUCACAUCUUUUCAUCGACCUUGACUUCUCUUGAUAGCAGGUUUACACUUUAGAUUUCUUUCCUACACCCACAAUAACCCUAACCAUCCCACUUCAUCCAUCCCUUACACCUUCAUUUCCAUUUAGUUCUUUCCAUCCACCUCCAUCCAAUAAAGACCUCUUGAUUGUGCUUAGAGGUUAGGUUGUGAGCGAAUAAACCAUGAGUGAAAAUACGAGUGAAUGAGCGUCAUCUUGUGAGUUGGUGUGAUUCUCUUCAGUUUUCAUUCCGUAAAGAACCAUUUGUGAAGCUUUCUUGAAUAGUCUUGGUUUAUAUUCUUGG